AUUAUCCAUUCCAAGUUGAAACUGAAUUAGUGAAAUGGAACUUUGCUCUUGUCAAUCGGCUGGACAGUAUAGUAAUGUGGCAACCAUUUAACAAGCCAAACUAGGCGCUCUUAAUGGGCCACGCCCACAACAACGCCCUCUUUUUGGGAGGCAGGAGGCAGGCGUUCAAUCAACUUCGAUGAGCAACAGUUUGCUGCAAUUUAAGUUACACUUUGCCACCUGUCGAGUCUCAACUUCGGACGCCCCCCACCCCAGAAGGAUAUUCCACUCCAGUCCAGGCCAAGUCGAGCCGAAGGGAUACUCGGUUCGUCGUCCUUCCGACGGCAAAUUGGCGCCCGCCUGCGCAGCGAGCGUAUAAAAGGACGAAUCCGGCCGCAGGAUUCAUCAGUUGGCCGAAAGGAGCGGCGCGCGUCUCUCAAGUCGGACGCAUGGAAGCCAGGAAACUUUGAAAGUUGUGCGGUGCCUUGGACAAAUUUUAAAAUCCACAGUGUUAAAUAUAAAGUAUGUGUGGAAAGUGUAUAAGUUAGUUUUUGUGUUAAAGAAAUACACAUUUUUUUAGUGUUAUCCAUACAAUUUCGGUCACCAGUCGAUUCAGGGAGUCCAGCAUGUGAAAGGGCCGUGGGAAAAAUGCAAUUUCCACGACCACAGCGUUAAACGGGCCAGAAAAGCCGAAUAGUGGAGGAGCGACGGAUUGCAGUUUGCAGGUGCAGCCGUGAAAGCCGCGAAUAGAGCGCAGAUUUCGCUUCUUCUGGCCUUCGGACUGAGCUCAGAGUUCGGCUGGCUAAGCUAGUGCCGCGAUCGGCGUACACUGCCACGCCUCCAGGCACCACGCCCCCUCCCCUCAACCGCCCACCCCCUCACAGCAUCAUGGAUCGCAGCGGCAGCUCCGAUUUCGGGGGAACAGCUGCCGCGACGGGCCGCUCGAACCCCGCUCCUUGGAGCAACGACAAGGAGUCUCCGAACAACGAGGACGACUCCAACGAGGACGACGGCGAUCAAGCAACGCCCGCCAAGGUCACCGAUCCACUGGCCCCCAAGUUGGCCAACAACGAGAGAAUUUUGGUUGUGUCUGUAACGGAGAGAACUCGAGAGACCUGGGGCCAAAAGGCCGAGUUCCUGCUGGCCGUCAUUGGCUUCGCCGUUGACCUGGGAAACGUUUGGCGGUUCCCGUAUAUUUGUUACCAAAAUGGAGGAGGUGCAUUCCUGGUUCCCUACUGCCUUUUCCUCAUUUUCGGCGGGCUGCCCCUGUUUUACAUGGAACUGGCUCUGGGUCAGUUCCACCGAUGUGGUUGCCUCAGCAUUUGGAAACGCAUCUGUCCGGCCCUAAAAGGUGUUGGCUAUGCAAUUUGCCUGAUUGACAUUUACAUGGGCAUGUACUAUAACACCAUUAUUGGAUGGGCGGUGUACUAUCUCUUCGCCUCGUUCACGUCCAAGUUGCCGUGGACCUCCUGCGACAAUCCCUGGAACACGGAGAACUGCAUGCAGGUUACCAGCGAAAACUUCACGGAGCUGGCCACCUCUCCAGCCAAGGAGUUCUUCGAGCGAAAGGUGCUGGAGAGCUACAAGGCCAACGGACUGGACUUCAUGGGUCCGGUGAAGCCAACGCUGGCUCUCUGUGUUUUCGGGGUCUUUGUCCUGGUCUACUUCUCGCUGUGGAAGGGAGUGCGAAGUACCGGAAAGGUUGUGUGGGUCACAGCUCUGGCUCCCUACGUCGUGCUGAUAAUCCUUUUGGUGAGGGGAGUUUCUCUGCCCGGCGCGUUCGAUGGCAUCAAGUAUUACUUAACGCCCGAGUGGCACAAGCUGAAGAACUCAAAGGUUUGGAUCGACGCCGCGUCGCAGAUAUUCUUCUCCUUGGGUCCUGGCUUUGGCACCCUGCUAGCCCUGUCCAGCUACAACAAGUUCAACAACAACUGCUAUCGAGAUGCCCUCAUCACGAGCAGCAUCAACUGCCUGACCAGUUUUUUGGCCGGCUUCGUCAUAUUCUCCGUUUUGGGGUACAUGGCUUUCGUGCAAAAUACCUCAAUAGACAAAGUGGGCUUGGAGGGUCCUGGAUUGGUGUUCAUCGUCUAUCCAGAGGCCAUUGCCAUGAUGAGUGGUUCGGUGUUCUGGAGCAUCAUCUUCUUCCUGAUGCUGAUCACGUUGGGAUUGGACAGCACCUUCGGCGGGUUGGAGGCGAUGAUUACGGCGUUGUGCGAUGAGUACCCGCGAGUGAUUGGCCGGCGAAGGGAGCUCUUCGUCCUGCUGCUCCUGGCCUUCAUCUUCCUCUGCGCUCUGCCCACUAUGACCUAUGGCGGUGUGGUGCUGGUCAACUUCCUGAAUGUCUACGGACCUGGGUUGGCCAUUCUUUUUGUGGUCUUCGUCGAGGCCGCCGGAGUCUUUUGGUUCUACGGAGUGGAUCGCUUUAGCUCGGAUGUGGAGCAGAUGCUUGGCAGUAAGCCUGGCCUAUUCUGGAGGAUUUGCUGGACCUACAUAAGUCCGGUGUUUCUGCUGACCAUCUUCAUUUUCUCCAUAAUGGGCUACAAGGAGAUGCUCGGCGAGGAGUACUACUACCCCGACUGGAGCUACCAAGUGGGUUGGGCGGUCACCUGCUCCUCGGUGCUGUGUAUCCCGAUGUACAUGAUCUACAAGUUCUUCUUCGCCUCAAAGGGCGGCUGCCGCCGGAGGCUGCAGGAGUCCUUCCAGCCGGAGGAGAGCUGCGGAUCGGUGGUGCCCGGCCAGCAAGGCACCUCGGUGUGACAUGACCACGCCCAGGUC